CUGACUUGCCAUUCUUCGAGCAUGCUGCUCUCGCUCUGAGCCGCUCCUCUGUGGGAACCACGGCUCCGCAAACUGAGCUGAGAAGAGUUCGCAGACUCCUCAGCCUUCUCACCUGCAGCAGGGUCUCUGCUAUGUUUGAGGCUUUUGUUUCGAGGGGUGAAAGCUAGCGCUUUGUACAAGACAUGACAGCAAAAAAUUCUUCAAAGGAACUUACGGCUUCUGAGUCUGACGUUUGCAUAAAGACUUUCAAGGAGCAAAUGCACUUAGAACUUGAGCUCCCGAGGCUCCCGGGAAACAGACCCACAUCUCCCAAAAUCUCUCCACGAAGUUCGCCCAGGAACUCACCAUGCUUUUUCAGAAAGUUGCUGGUGAAUAAGAGCAUCCGGCAGCGGCGUCGCUUCACGGUGGCUCAUACGUGCUUUGACGUGGAAAAUGGCCCUUCCCCAGGUCGGAGCCCGCUGGACCCUCAGGCCGGCUCGUCCUCAGGGCUGGUACUGCACGCCACCUUUCCCGGGCACAGCCAGCGCAGAGAGUCCUUUCUCUACAGAUCGGACAGCGACUAUGACUUGUCACCCAAGGCGAUGUCGCGGAACUCCUCUCUUCCAAGCGAGCAACACGGUGAUGACUUGAUUGUCACUCCUUUCGCCCAGGUUCUGGCCAGUCUGCGAAGUGUGAGAAACAACUUCACUCUGCUGACCAACCUCCACGGAGCGUCGAACAAGAGGUCCCCAGCGGCCAGCCAGCCUCCCGUGUCCAGAGUCAACCUGCAAGAAGAACCUUAUCAAAAGUUAGCAAUGGAAACGCUGGAGGAGCUGGACUGGUGCUUGGACCAGCUAGAGACUAUCCAGACCUACCGCUCUGUCAGCGAGAUGGCCUCCAACAAGUUCAAAAGAAUGCUGAACCGGGAGCUGACACACCUUUCAGAGAUGAGCCGGUCUGGGAACCAGGUGUCAGAAUACAUUUCAAAUACUUUCUUAGACAAGCAGAAUGAUGUGGAGAUCCCCUCCCCCACCCAGAAAGACAGGGAGAAGAAGAAGAAGCAGCAGCUGAUGACGCAGAUAAGUGGGGUGAAGAAACUGAUGCACAGCUCAAGCUUAAACAACACGAGCAUCUCCCGCUUCGGAGUCAACACAGAAAAUGAAGAUCACCUGGCCAAGGAGCUAGAAGACCUGAACAAAUGGGGGCUUAACAUCUUCAAUGUGGCAGGAUACUCACACAAUCGGCCCCUGACGUGCAUCAUGUAUGCCAUAUUCCAGGAAAGAGACCUCCUAAAGACAUUUAAAAUCUCAUCUGACACAUUUGUGACCUACAUGAUGACCUUGGAAGACCACUACCACUCUGACGUGGCGUACCACAACAGCCUGCAUGCCGCCGACGUCGCCCAGUCCACCCACGUUCUCCUCUCCACGCCAGCACUGGAUGCGGUCUUCACGGAUCUGGAAAUCUUGGCCGCCAUCUUUGCAGCUGCCAUCCAUGACGUUGAUCAUCCUGGAGUCUCCAACCAGUUCCUCAUCAACACAAAUUCCGAACUCGCUUUGAUGUACAAUGAUGAAUCUGUGCUGGAGAACCAUCACCUUGCCGUGGGCUUCAAGCUGCUGCAAGAAGAGCACUGUGACAUCUUCCAGAAUCUCACCAAGAAGCAGCGCCAGACGCUCAGGAAGAUGGUCAUCGACAUGGUGUUAGCAACUGAUAUGUCCAAACAUAUGAGCCUGCUGGCAGACCUGAAAACCAUGGUGGAAACGAAGAAAGUCGCGAGCUCGGGUGUUCUUCUCUUGGACAACUAUACCGACCGCAUUCAGGUCCUUCGCAACAUGGUACAUUGUGCAGACCUGAGCAACCCCACCAAGUCCUUGGAACUGUAUCGGCAGUGGACAGACCGCAUCAUGGAGGAGUUUUUCCAACAGGGAGACAAAGAGCGGGAGAGAGGAAUGGAGAUUAGCCCGAUGUGUGAUAAGCACACUGCUUCUGUGGAAAAAUCCCAGGUUGGCUUCAUCGACUACAUUGUCCAUCCACUGUGGGAGACCUGGGCUGACCUGGUCCAGCCCGAUGCUCAGGACAUUCUAGACACGCUAGAGGAUAACAGGAACUGGUACCAGAGCAUGAUUCCCCAGAGCCCCUCCCCGCCGCUGGAGGAGAGGAGCCGGGACUGCCCAGGCCUGGUGGAAAAGUUUCAGUUCGAACUGACCCUGGAGGAGGAGGACUCCGAGGGGCCUGAGAAGGAAGGCGAGGGCCACAGCUACUUCAGCAGCACGAAGACACUUUGUGUGAUCGACCCAGAGAACCGGGAUCUGCUGGGCGAGACCGAUGUAGACCCUGCGACAGAAGACAAGUCCCCAGUUGACACCUAAUCUCCCUCUCGGGAGGGAAGGACAUCCCACCCUUGAGGAGCAUGCCAGCUGUGGGUAGGACCCGCCCACCAUGGGGCGAGGCCUGCAUGGGACAGAGGCCACUGGCCUUUCCGCUCACUGAAGUUUGGGGCCAGAACGCAAGGCCGAGGAGCAAACAGCAGCUCAGGAAACCCGCGGUUGACUGGUUGACCUGCCUGGCUUGCAGCUUGGUAGACAGCUGAGGUUUACGUGGUGGCCCAGGCCGGUUCCAGUCACAACCAAAAGCUUGAACACGGAAGACACAAAACUGAGAGAUUUCUCCGCACUAAGUUUCGGGGCCCUGCCCGACUAGUGACUGAACUCACUGACUCACACGUUCACUGAUGAAUCUGCUCACUGUCCCCUUGUCUGCCGACCUGUGUGCCUUUUUGUAAAACAUUUUCAUGUCUUGAAAAUGCUUGUUGAACACCUAGAGUUUAGUACCGACUUCUACACAGAUAAGCAUUCAAAGUUGAUACACACUUUUUUCUUGACUCUUUCUGGGGGGAGAGAAAGAAAAGAAAGAAAACAGUCUUCCUUCUUUCUUGGGCAAUAUCUUUCGCUUUCCUACAGUUAACUUUUGCAAACAGACAGCAGACACAUGCUUCUAACCACAUUCUACUUCCUUCCCCCACGGUCCAUCCGGCUCCACGGUGGCCCUGGCCGCUUGGCUCUGUUUGCUUGCUUCAAACAGUACUUUUCCUCUGAGGUCUCACUGUUUGUGAUAUCAACAGAAAAACGUCAAAAACACUAUGGGGCAGGAAGGGGCAGUUGUGGUAUAGCCUCAGGCUAACAUGGCAGCCUGCCCGUUUUGUCCUGACCCCCUGAGAACCCCCUUUUGCAGGACCCCGACCUGUCCCUCUCCCCCUCCCAGCACUGUUUGCAGGUUGAUCUGCCUCUUUUUCGCUCGCACUGCCUUUCAUGCUAACACCUCCAUUCCUGUUCGUAACCGUGUAUUUAUUACUUAAUGUAUAUACUGUAAUGUUUUGUAAGUUAUUAAUUUAUAUAUCUAACAUUGCCUGCCAAUGGUGGUGUUAAAUUUGUGUAGAAGACUCUGCCUAAGAGUUGCGACCUUUUCUUGUCAUGUUUUGUAUUGUGUAUUAUAUAACCCAGACAGUGCUUCGGAGAGACAAGGGGCCCCUCCCUGUGCAGUCAGGACGGGAAGGGGUUGGGUGCCCCCGGGGCCGGCCCUCUCCCUGUCUGAGUUGCUGCAACCCUUUACAAACUAGUUUUGCGAACAGGAUUCUCACAUUAGAUACAAAAUGGUUUAUACUGAGCUUUUACUUUUGUAUAGUUUGAUAGGGGUAGGGGGCAAAGGGAUGCAGUUUUUAGCCAUGUUUUAUCCAAAUCUGUGUACACAUGAGUUGAGUUAUAACUGGGUUCUACUCUAAUUGUGGGUUCAGUUCCAAAAGCAACACUACAUUUGCUCACAAAAGAUUCUUCUGAGUGCCCCCAAACUACUGACUUCCGAAGAGCUAGCCUCCUUCCUGCCUGCUAUACUGCGGGAAUGUCAUGUUCCAAUUCAUUAUGAAAGAAAACAAUAAAACAAUGUGAAUUUUUAUAAUAAAAUGUGAACUGAUGUUGUAAAUUAUGCAAAUGUGAAGCUUCUUCUGAUAACUCUUGCUAGGCCUCUUCCUGGUGUCGUUUCAGUUUGUAAAAUAUGUUUCAUGCUUCGGUUCAGCGUUGUGACUCAAUAGCUAAAGAAAUGGCACAGGCGUGCAUGACCAAUGGGUUGUAUGUCUAUCAGCACUGCAUUGUUCUAGGUGGACAUUUUCUUGUUUUCGAAAGUUCCUCACAAUGUAUGUUAUAGUACUAUUAUUAUAUAUUGUGCUCAAAUGCAUUCUUAAGAGAUUUUAUAUGAGGUGAAUAAACGAAAGCAUGAUUAGAUUAGA